CGGACGUCCCGCCCUCUGGCUGCUCCCCGGCAGAGGUGGGGCGGUAGUAGAGAUGGCCGCUCUGACUGAUGUGCAGCGGCUACAGGCUCGGAUGGAGGAGCUGGAGCGCUGGGUGUACGGGCCGGGCGAGACGCGCGGCUCGCGGAAGGUGGCUGAUGGCCUGGUCAAGGUGCAGGUGGCUUUGGGGAACAUUGCCAGCAAGAGGGAGAGGGUAAAGAUUCUGUACAAAAAGAUUGAAGACCUGAUCAAAUACCUGGAUCCUGAGUACAUCGACCGCAUUGCCAUACCUGAUGCCUCAAAGCUACAGUUCAUCUUAGCAGAGGAGCAGUUUAUCCUCUCUCAGUUUGCGCUCCUGGAGCAGGUGGAUGCCUUGGUACCCAUGCUGGACAGUGCUCACAUCAAAGCCGUUCCUGAGCAUGCCGCCCGCCUGCAGCGCUUGGCCCAGAUCCACAUCCAGCAGCAGGACCGGUGUGUGGAGAUCACGGAGGAGUCCAAGGCUCUCUUGGAGGAAUACAACAAGACUACAUUGCUUCUCUCUAAGCAGUUCGUGCAGUGGGAUGAGCUACUUUGCCAGCUAGAGGCUGCCAAGCAAGUGAAGCCAGCCGAGGAAUGACAGCUGCUUCCCAUCCCGGAGUGGACCAGGGUAGCCAGGCUCCAGGGCUAUGUGCCAACCUGCCUUUGUAACAAGGCAGAGGCAGCUUUGUAUUUAUUGGAUUCAAGCCCCACCUGUCUGCACUCAGGUAGGGCUCUGAGGUCAGAGGUCAGGUUACCUGAGAUCUGCAAUUUGCACCCCCUUUCCCCAUCAGUGUUCUUAUUCCAGUGACAAUAAACCAUAGAGAUCA